AUGAAGAUCUUCGUCCGUCACCUUCGCACCCGCCCAAAUAUACGGUCAUCCCUUCGCGCACCCCCACAAGCCUCACCCGCGCACUACCAACCACCCCCCCAUGUGCCUGAAGGUGCAGAGGCAGAAUCACUCACCCGCUACAAUCCGCCUAGUAAGCUCAGUACACCAACCCGUAGCGCGCUACAGGAGAGCCGUACACCGGCCAGUCGUCUGCAACUACAGCAAUCGCAAUACCGAAAUAGAGAUUACGAUGUGGAGGAGAAACCAAGUAGCUACACUCCCAGACAGCGCUCUAGAGAAUACAAAGAGGAGGAGAUAAGCUCUUACUCGCCCCGUCAGCAUGCACCAGAGAUUGAGCCCAUAGAGCGUGCUCCAAAACCUCCCAAAGAACCGCGCGCCAGAGAACCCCGGCUGCACCUCUCCGACCUCAUCCCCGAGAGCCUCACCCCGUACUCCUACCGCUGGGAGACGUUUGCUCCCACCCCCGACGAGCUCAUUGACGCCGACCGCUUCUUCCUCAAAUACCCGCCCAAGCAUCUGUGGUCCGAGGCUAAGUUCAAGAAGAUUGAUUUUGGGGACGUGCCUGAGGUUGCGUUUCUCGGCCGCUCAAACGUAGGAAAGUCUUCGCUGCUGAAUGCGUUGCUGAAUAACAAAAACCUGGCGUAUACAUCGUCUAAGCCUGGGCGAACGAGGCUCAUGAAUGCAUUUGGUAUUGCGGACGGGAAGCUGGUGUUGUUAGAUAUGCCGGGGUAUGGACAUGCCUCUAGAGAGGAAUGGGGAGUACAGAUUAUGAAAUACUUGAAGUCACGAAAACAAUUCCGACGUGCUUUCUUGCUAAUUGAUGCGAAGCAUGGACUUAAAAGGAACGAUUUGCAGCUUCUCGAACAGUUUGGACAGGAAGGUAUCUCAUACCAGAUUGUGUUAUCGAAAAUCGACAGGGUCAAGCCAAAGGAUUUAGAGAAGCUAUUCAAGGAGGUACGUGGUCUCAUGGAAAAUGGAAUACCAGGUGCCAAUGCUGGUCUUGGGGAGAUUCUGGCUACAGCUGGAGACCCUGCGAAGAAGGGAGAGAAAAAAGUGGGACUGAGUGACCUGAGACGGGCUAUCUUGGUCGCUUCUGGCCUGGAAGGCGUUCAAAUUUGA